CCUGAACAUACACAGACUUCUGAUUCUGAGUGGAGAAAACUCUCAAGUCUCUGUUACAGAUAGAGGAGAACCAUUAGUACAGGUGAUAUAGUCAGACUCGUGUCUGAUGACUCUGGCUACAUCGUGAAGGAUGAAGCAGAGGCUCGACUGGAAACGCUCUGUGCUACUACAAUUCCCAGAGCCCCAUGCUCCAUCACAAUCCCCUUAGAGUCCGCCGCGCGGAGUUCUGGGACUUGAGGUCCGCGGCCUAUUUACCCAAGUUGGAGGUAGGGGCCUGUGGAAACAUGAAGAGGGUAAACAGCUGUGUGAAGAGUGAUGAGCAUGUCCUGGAGGAGCUGGAAACAGAAGGGGAGAGGCAGCUGAAAAGCCUCCUUCAGCAUCAACUUGAUACUUCUGUCUCCAUUGAGGAAUGUAUGUCUAAGAAAGAGAGCUUUGCUCCUGGUACUAUGUACAAGCCCUUUGGGAAGGAAGCAGCUGGGACUAUGACUUUGUCCCAAUUCCAGACACUGCAUGAGAAGGACCAGGAAACUGCUUCUCUCAGGGAAUUAGGGCUUAAUGAAACAGAAAUCUUGAUCUGGAAGAGCCAUGUUUCUGGUGAAAAGAAGACAAAACUGAGGGCAACUCCUGAAGCAAUACAGAACCGUCUUCAAGAUAUUGAAGAAAGGAUCUCGGAGCGUCAGCGCAUUCUUUGCCUGCCACAGAGAUUUGCAAAGAGCAAACAGCUGACCCGGCGAGAAAUGGAAAUAGAAAAGUCUUUAUUUCAGGGAGCUGAUCGUCACUCCUUCCUUAAGGCUCUUUAUUACCAAGAUGAACCCCAAAAGAAGAACAAAGGUGAUCCCAUGAACAACCUGGAAAGUUUUUACCAAGAGAUGAUAAUGAAAAAACGUCUUGAAGAGUUUCAACUUAUGAGAGGUGAACCCUUUGCUUCCCACUCACUGGUCUCAGCUACAUCAGUGGGUGAUAGUGGCACAGCUGAGAGCCCAUCAUUACUCCAGGACAAGGGAAAACAGGCAGCACAGGGUAAAGGCCCCAGUCUCCAUGUGGCAAAUGUUAUUGAUUUUUCACCUGAGCAGUGUUGGACUGGGCCUAAGAAGCUGACGCAGCCAAUAGAAUUUGUCCCAGAAGAUGAAAUCCAGAGAAAUCGUUUGUCAGAGGAAGAGAUCCGAAAAAUUCCUAUGUUUUCUUCAUAUAAUCCAGGGGAACCAAACAAGGUGUUAUACCUGAAGAACCUUAGCCCUCGGGUGACUGAAAGAGAUCUUGUCUCAUUGUUCGCUCGGUUCCAGGAGAAAAAAGGACCUCCAAUUCAAUUCCGAAUGAUGACUGGACGAAUGAGGGGCCAGGCUUUUAUCACCUUUCCCAAUAAGGAGAUAGCAUGGCAAGCAUUGCAUCUAGUAAAUGGAUACAAACUACAUGGGAAAAUAUUGGUGAUAGAGUUUGGAAAGAACAAAAAGCAACGGUCAAAUCUCCAAGCGACUUCUCUCAUAUCAUGUGCUACAGGCAUAUGAAUUUUAGAAGAGGAACAUACAAGCAAAGAAUGCCAAAGGGAAAUGGAAAUAAAGCGUUCUCUAGAAAAGAGGAUGCCAGUCACAAAUCCCCCAGUUGUUUAUGGUUGCUGGAAAAUAAAAAGACAAUAUACGGAGAGGAAGUAGUACAAACUGGAGUCAGACCUGUACAGCCACACUUAACAUUCUAUGAUCUUGGCAAGUCACUUAAUCUGAGCCUCACAUUUUUCAUCUAUAAAGUGAGGAUAAUAAUGCUACUUACCUCACUGGGUUGUGAAGAUGAACUGAGAUAUUAUCCAGGCUGAAGAACAGAAAGGAAAACAAUGAAUAAAAUUGAACAAGAGUAUAGAACCUGUGUGACACCAUUAAGCAUUCCUACAUAUUUCUAAUGGGAGUACAGGAAAAAAGGAAAAGAAAAGAAGGAGCAGAAAAAUAUUCUAAGAAAUAAUGGCUAUAAAUACCCCCGAUUUGAUGAGAGACAUUAACCUAUACAUCCCAGAAGAAAAAGAAAUUACAAACAGAUACAUCAUAAGAAAAAUGCUAAAACCCAAAAACGAAAAGAAAAUCUUAACAGCAAUACGAGAAAAAUGAGCCAUCACUUACCAAGGAACCCAAAUAAAAUUAGUAGUUGACUUCCCCUCAGAAACAAUGGCAGUGGCAGUGGAAUAACACAUUCAAAGUGUUCAAAGAAAAUAACUGUCAACCAAUAAUCCUAUAUACAAUAAAACUAUUUUUCAAAAAUGAACGUGAAAUAAAACAUCUCACAUAAUCAAAAACCAAGAGAAUUUGUUGCUGGCAGACCUGACUUGCUGGAAAUACAAAAGGAAGUUCUUCAGCCUGAAAGCAAGUGACCUCAGACAGUAAUCUGAAUCUACACACAUGCAGAAAAAGAGCACAGGCAAAAAUAAUUAUGUAAUUAUCAGAAACAAUCUAUGCAUUUUUCUUUUUUCUCUUAACUAAUGUAAAACACAGUUGUAUAAAACAAUAUGUAUAUAGUUGCAUCGUUUGGCCUAUAACAUAUAAAAUAUAAUAUAUUUGCCGAUAACAGGUUGAAGAAGCUGAGUGGAAGCAAAACUGUCUUGUACUAAAGAACUGACUCCAGAUGGUAAGACAAAUCCACAGGAACAAAUGGAGAGAACGUGAAAUAGGAAAUAAGUUUAAUAUAAAAAAACUAUAAACAUAUACUUAUUCUUCUCUCAGCUUCUUUUAAAGAUGUAAAAUUAUAUUAAGUAAUUAUAAUAAUGUGUGUUGGGUUUGUAAUGUAUAGGAAUAACAUAUAUAACAAUAAUACCACAAAGCGGGGGAUGGGUUUAUAUAGGAAUAGGGUUGUUACAUUGGAAUUAAGUUAGUGUUUAUCUGAAGCCUAUUCUGUUUAGUUAAGAUGUGUAUGGUAAGCCCUAGAGCAACCACUAAGGAAAUAACUUUUAAAAAAUCAAAAAUAUUAUUAAAGAAAUGUAAAUAUCACAUUAUGAAAUAAUGCAAAAGAAGGAAUGGAGAAGCAAAAAGCUUGAGGCAUAUCAAAAACAAUAAAAUGGCAGUCAUAAGUCUUCCUAUAUCAAAAUAACAAUGUGCAUGGAUUAAGCAAUACUAUAAAAGGCAGAGAUGUCAGAAACAAGUCUGAUUCAACUUCAUGCCAUCUAUUCGAGACACACUUUAGAUUAGAAGAUAGAAAGAGAUUAAAGGUAAAAGGAUGGAAAACAAAUAUAUCACACAGACAACAGCCAUAAGAAAGCUGGAGUGGCUAUUCUAAUACCAGACAAAAUAGACUUAAAAAAAUGUUACUGGAGAUAAAGAGUAAAAUGUUACAAUGAUAAAAGGGUCAAUACAUCAGGAAGAUGUAACAACUAUAAAUAUAUAUGCAUCUAACAGUAGAGCCCAAAAUACAUGAAGCAAAAACUGAAAGGAAAGGAGAAACAGAUAAGUCCAUAAAAAGAGAUGGAAUAUUCAAUACCCCUUUUUCAAUAAUAGAGCACCUAGACAGAAGAUAAACCAGGAAAUAGAAGACUUGAACAACAUUAUAAGGCAAAUUGACCUAAAAGACAUCUAUAGAACUUUCCACCCAACAUCAGAAUACAUAUUCUUCUCAAGUGCAUAUGAAACAUCUCCAAAAUAGGCUAUAAGUUAAAGCAUAAAACAAGCCUUAAUAAAUAUAAGUAGACUGAAAUCAUGCAAAGCAUGCCCUCUGACCACAUGGGAUGAAGUUAGAAAACAAUGAAAAGUUGGGAAACUCACAAAUAUGUGGAAAUCAGACACACUUGUAAGUGACUGGCUGGGUGCAGUAGCUCACGCCUGAAAUCUCAGCACUUUGGUAGGCCGAAGUGGGAGGAUUCCUUGGAUCCCUUGAGACCAGGAAUUCAAGACCAGCCUGGGCAACACAGCAAGACCCUGUCAUUACCAAAAAAAAAAAAAAUGUGUCAAAGAAAAAAAUCAUAAGGGAAAUUACAAAACCCUUUGAGAUGAGUGAUAAUGAAGACACAACAAACCAAAACUUACAAGAUGCAGCUAAAGCAGUGUUUACAGGGAAAUUUAUAGGUAUAAAUGCCUGUACUUAAGAAGAAAAAAGACCAGGCACAGUGGCUUACGCCUGUAAUCCCAGCACUUUGGGAGGCCGGGGCGGGUGGAGAUCAUGGGGUCAGGAGAUCGAGACCAUUCUGGGUAACAUGGUGAAACCCUGUCUCUACUAAAAAUACAAAAAAUUAGCCAGGCGUGGUCGUGGGCACCUGUAGUCCCAGCUACUCGGGAGGCUGAGGCAGGAGAAUGGUGUGAACCUGGGAGGCAGAGCUUGCAGUGAGCCAAGAUUGCGCCACUGCACUCCAGCCUGGGCAACAGAGCGAGACUCCGUCUCAAAAAAAAAAAAAAAAAAAAAGAAGAAAGACCAUAGCACUAACCUCACUUUACACCUUAAGACCCUGGAAAAAGAAGAGCAAACUAAACCUAGAGCCAGGAGAAAGAAGGAAAUAUAAAAGAUUAGAUGAGAAUAAAUGAAAUAGAGUGAAAAAAAGUAGAGAAAAAUCAAUGCAACCAAAAGUUGAUUCUAUAAAAAGAUCAGUAAAACUGACACACCUUCUGCUAGACUGACCAGGAAAAAAGGAGAAUCAAAUUACUAAAAUCAGAAAUGAAGGAGGGAACAUUUCAACUGAACUUGUAGAAAUAAAAAAGAUUAUGAAAGCAUAUUAUGAAUAAUUUUAUGUCAAUAAAUUAUCAAUGAAGUGGACAAAUUCCUAGGAAGACACAAACUACCAAAACCAAUUCAGAAGUAGAAAACUUGAAUAAACCUAUAUCAAGUAAAUAGGUUAAAUGAGUUUUUGAAAAGAUACCCACAAAGAAGAGCCCAGGCUGAAAUAGCUUCUUAAAUGAAUUCUACAAAACUUUUAAUGAAAAAUUAAUACAAAUUCUUCACAAACUUUUUCAAAAAGUGGAAGAGUGGUGAACACUUCUGACACAUACUACAACAUGGAAGAACUCGGAAUAUGCUCAGUGCAAGAAGCCAGUCACAAAAGACUACAUAUUAUAUGAUACUAUUUAUAUGAAGUGUCCAGAAUUGGCAAAUAUAUAGAGAUAGAAAGUGGAUUAGUGGUUGCUUAGGGCUAGCACAGAGUUGGGGGGAAUGGGAAGGGCUGGGGUAACAGUUGAAGUGCAUGAAGUUUCUUUAGAGGUUGAUGAAAGUGUUCUAAAAUUGGUCGUGGUGGUGAUUUCACAACUCUGAAUAUACUAAAAACCAGGAAUUGUACACUUUAAAUGGGUGAAUUUUGUGGUGUAUGAAUUAUAUCUCAAUAAAACUCACAAAAGUAGGGAUGUCCAUCAAUAGGAAAAUGGGUAAAUAACUUAUGGUACAUCUAUUUAGUACAAUACUAUGCAGCCAUUAAAAUAGUGAAGUGUAUCUAUGAAUAUAUUAUGACCUAUACUCAUGUCCAAGGUUGUGUAUUAAGUUAAUAAACAAGAUGCAGAAAUA